UCAAGAGACCAUAGGAAGAGACGAGAGGAGACCGUUGUUUGUUGUUAUUCACGGAAGCCUUGAGAGCUGUGCUCUGCCCGUCUCCAUACGUUGAUUUUAAGAGUGACAUUUUAAAGGUUCAACUUCAAAGAAAGAUCUUUUUUUCACCUUUUUAAAUUCAACCUUAAACUCUUGUUUAUUAUAAUAUCACUGCAUCGAGUGAAAAAGAGCCCGGAAACAUGAAAUGGAUGUUCAAAGAGGAUCACUCCUUGGGCCUGACAUGCGUCACCUGGACGGAACAAAAGUUGUUUUUGGCAGAACAAAACAUCGAUGCAUAGAGUCGGCCAAAAUCCGCAACAAGUACCCUGACAGAGUCCCGGUGAUUGUGGAGAAAGUGUCUGGGUCCCAGAUCGUGGACAUCGACAAGAGGAAGUACCUGGUCCCCUCUGACAUCACGGUGGCUCAGUUCAUGUGGAUCAUCAGGAAACGCAUCCAGCUGCCCUCGGAGAAGGCCAUCUUCCUGUUCGUGGACAAGACGGUGCCUCAGUCCAGCAUCACGAUGGGGCAGCUGUACGAGAAAGAGAAGGACGAGGACGGCUUUUUAUACGUGGCUUACAGCGGGGAGAACACCUUCGGUUUUUAAAAACAAGAAGCCCUGAUCGUGACCGGCCUUACCUGCGCGACGACCCCCACCCACAUCUAAUCACAGCCCUCACGCCGCCCCUGGAGAAACGGCGG